GUAAUGCGCAUGCGUAGGGAAGUUUAUUCCGUUAGCUGUCAAGCUGUGUUUUCCCCCUGCCCGUGGACCAAACUCGGAGAAGAGGCCAGCUCCUUUAAUAUGUUCGGACUUUGAGGGAAACUACACACUACAAACUCUCGGAGUUUUAAAUCGACCAACAUGUUGUAAGCGAGCUGUUUUCGGGGAGACUGAAGGUUUGUGAGUUGCAAUGGUCCGACUGCUGUCGUUACCAGACCCACGAACCACACCGAACCAACGGCUCCUUUCAGACAUUUAAAAUUCGGCACCGACUUUUGUGGAGUUAAGACUCUUUUUUCCCCCCCUUUCACGAAUGAUAAUGAUACCGUCGUAAGUAACUUUUAAGUAUGGUAGUCAUUCUACUGGUUACUGGUGUAGACUAGAUCCGGAGGAAAACAGGAUUCAAAGGGGGCUGGACAGGUAACCGCCCCUGUUGCGAUGGGCAACCGCGGGAUGGAGGAUCUGAUCCCGCUGGUCAACCGGCUUCAAGACGCCCUGAGCACCGUGGGUCAGAGCUGCAGCCUCCACCUGCCGCAGAUCGCUGUGGUCGGCGGCCAGAGCGCAGGAAAGAGCUCCGUGCUGGAAAACUUCGUGGGCAGGGACUUCCUUCCCCGGGGUUCAGGAAUCGUCACUCGCAGACCUUUAAUCCUUCAGCUGCUAAGUGCUAACACUGAGUAUGGUGAAUUUCUCCACUGUAAAGGAAAGCAGUUCACAGAUUUUGAUGAGAUCCGCAUGGAAAUCGAAACAGAGACGCGCAGGCUGACGGGUUCUAAUAAAGCCAUCUCUCCUGUCCCCAUCAACCUUCGGAUUUACUCACCACACGUGCUGAACCUGACUCUCGUGGACCUGCCAGGCAUCACCAAGGUUCCAGUGGGCGAUCAGCCAGCAGACAUAGAGUACCAGAUAAGAGACAUGAUCAUGCAGUAUAUCUGUAAGGAAAACUGUCUCAUCCUGGCUGUAACUCCAGCCAACACUGACCUGGCCAACUCUGAUGCACUUAAACUGGCCAAGGAUGUUGACCCACAAGGUCAGCGCACAAUAGGCGUCAUCACAAAGCUGGACCUGAUGGAUGAAGGAACUGAUGCCAGGGAAAUACUAGAGAACAGGUUGCUUCCCCUACGCAGAGGUUACAUCGGGGUGGUCAACCGCAGUCAGAAGGACAUCGAUGGGAAAAAGGAUAUUAUGGCAGCUCUGCAGGCAGAGGAGAAGUUCUUCCUGUCCCAUCCGGCCUACAAACACAUUGCUGAAAGGAUGGGCACCCCGUAUUUACAAAGAACACUUAACCAGCAACUGACGAACCACAUCCGGGACACGCUGCCUGUCUUCCGUAGUCAUCUGCAGAGCCAACUUCUGGCCUUGAACAAAGAGGCCGAAGAGUAUAAACACUACAGUCCAGACGACCCUGCACGCAGGACCAAGACACUGCUUCAGUCAGUGCAGCGUUUGGCUGCUGACUUUGAGAAAUUUAUCGAGGGCUCAGGUGACAAAGUGGACACCAUUAACCUGUCAGGAGGUGCUAGGAUCAAUCGGAUUUUCCAUGAGCGCUUCCCCUAUGAACUGGUCAAGGUUGAGACUGAUGAGAGGAAAAUGAGGCGGGAGAUUAACUAUGCCAUCAGAAACAUCCAUGGUGUCAGGACAGGCUUGUUCACUCCCGACAUGGCCUUUGAAGCCAUAGUGAAGAAACAGAUAUCGAGUCUUAAAGGGCCGUGUAUUAAAUGCAUUGACAUGGUCAGUCAAGAACUAAUCACCACUGUGUACCAGUGUAUCAAUAAGCUCGGUUCCUUUCCCAAACUGCGAGAUGAAACAGAGAGAAUUGUAACCACUGAAAUCCGAGAACAGGAGAUUAAAUGCAGAGAGCAGAUCUUGAUGCUUAUUGACAUACAACUUGCUUACAUAAAUACCAACCACGAAGACUUCAUUGGCUUCACUAAUUCACAGCAAGUGUACAAUCAAAGCACUAAGAAAACUGCUACAGGGAUGACAGGAAACCAGGGUGUGGCUCUUCGUUCAAGUCUAAUAGUCAUACGCAAGGGCUGGCUGACCAUCAACAACAUCGGCAUCAUGAAAGGCGGAGCCAAGGAGUACUGGUUCAUCCUCUCUGCAGAGACCCUGUCCUGGUACAAGGAUGACGAGGAAAAGGAGAAGAAGUACAUGCUUCCCCUGGACAACUUAAAGCUCAGAGAUGUGGAAAAAAGCUUCAUGUCCAGCAAAUUUGUUUUUGCUAUCUUCAACACGGAGCUGAGGAACGUGUAUAAGGACUACAAAUGCUUGGAGCUGGCCUGUAACUCUCAGGAGGAGUUGGACAGCUGGAAGGCUUCUCUGCUCCGGGCCGGCGUCUACCCUGAGAAAGUCACUGAGGACGGGCAAGGAAGUGGAUCUCCCGACAGCUUAACAGACCCCCAGCUGGAGCGUCAAGUGGAGACCAUUCGUAACCUUGUUGACUCCUACAUGAGCAUCAUCUACAAGACCAUCAGGGACCUAAUGCCAAAGACCAUUAUGCACCUCAUGAUUAACAGUGUGAAGGAGUUCAUUAGCUCUGAGCUCCUGGCUCAGCUCUAUGCUCUGGGAGAAUGCUCUGCUCUGAUGGAUGAGUCACCGGAGCAGCAGCAGCAUCGGGUGGAAGUGCUCCGAAAGCAUGCAGCUCUAAAAGAGGCGCUCGCUGUCAUUGGAGAGAUCUCCACCUCUACCUGCACCACUCCUCUUCCUCCACCUGUAGAUUCCUCCUGGAUAAAAGCUUCCAGCCCAAGUGUGCCUAAAAACUCAGUGAUUGGUGGGAAGGCGUUGACUCGCGGCCAUGCUCCACCUGUCCCUCGGGUGUCUCACACCGGACCCAAAGCUGCCCCUGAUGGGUUGCAGCAGCUCUCUGGACAACAGAACCGUGUCCCAGCCAGUGUGCCAAGGAGGCAUCCCCCAGCCAUACCGAAUGUGAAAUAAAUCAUUUCAGUUCAGAACUCCAUUACCCAUCUGCCCCCGCAGUCUCUGCAGCUGCAGCUGACUUAUACCCAGAGACACCAUGACCUGCUUGAUGUGUAAUCCAUCUGAAGCACUACGCUGGGCUUCUCCGUCUCCUCUGGGAGCUGCUGUCUGCAAAAUUCACUCCAUCCUCAGCCUGUUUUGUACAUAAUAUCACUGGCCAUAAAUGCUGGAAUGUGUGCGACUGUCUGCUGAUUCUCUCAAGUGCUUGAACCUUGUGUAAAUAAAAAUAUCAAUUUUCAACUAUUCUACAAACAAUACACGUGCACUGUUUUUACAGUUUGUUAAUAAACUUGUAUUUUAUUUUUGA